CUCAGUAAAAUCAUUGAGCACACAUCAAUAAGGUUUGUUUGUCCAGAAUGUCUUCGAGGAUUCCCGCGCACCUAUCUAUUAUACCGCCAUUUUCGAGAGCAGCAGGACGACAUCCAUAAGGGCCUCGGCAUGAGAAACACGGACCAUCAAACAUUCCUAUUGUGUUAUCAAAAGGCCCUCAAGGCCUCCAUCCCUGCAGAGCAGCUGCCACAGGAUUCAAAAUGCGUUGAACUUGCAUAUACUGUUGAG